CAAUCCCCAAAUUUCAGAAAAAGGCGGGAAAGAUAAUCCCAUUAAAUUGUGGGCUCUCCUUUUGCGCGGCAGCAUUUUUGGUAGCAUCAGUUGAAGAUCACUAGCUGAUUGUCGAGGAAGAUGAUGGGUGGCGAAACCCUAGAUGUUCUAAGUGAGAUCGAAGCUCUUGUUUCUGAUAAACUUCAAGUGGUAUCAUACAAGUGGCUUAGUCGGAAUUUUUCAGUAUCAUCCAAUGAUGCAAAAAGGUUGCUUCAGGAGUUAGCUGAAAAGCAUGGAAAUGAGAUGGAAGUAAUUUACACUUUGUCUGGUUGGUUAAAGAAAAAUCCUACGGUUUACCGUAUAAGGCUUGUUUCUGCACCCAAACUUUCAGACAUCAAAGAUGAGUUUGAAGAUAAUUAUUCAGCUCAGGUCUAUAGCGUGCAAGCAUGCAUUCCAAAAGACCCUGCUGCGAUUUGGAGUGCAGAAUUUAUACAGUCAGAAGAGCUCUUUGACCAACCCAACUCUGCAGAAAAUUGUUUGAGAGACAACAGGUUCUGUGGUGUUUUGAACUCCUAUGUCAAGCGCAAUUUGAAUGAAUCUUCUAUAGGUGUCGCUCCCCCACAGCCCAAGAGAGCACCAGUUACAGUACCAGCCAGGAGUAAUACAUCAAACCAAACUAUAAGCUCUUCAAAAUUACAGCUAGUAAAGCAAGAAACCCUGAAAACUGGACAGUCUUCUACUGUCGUGGCAUCAGCCGAAGAAGUUAAAAAUACUGGGUCAAGCGUCAAUAUUCUGGCUGGCAAAACUGAUUCAGGCAGAGAAAAAGAAGUUGUACCUCCUGCUAAUAAAACGAAAAGUCAGAGUGACAAAACCUCUUCAGGAUCUGGUGGAUCAUUAACUAAUUUGUGGGGUCGUGCAAAAUCAAAACCCUGCUCACCACCUUCAACUGAUGAAGCUGUUCCAUGUCCUGUAGUUACCUCAGAAGCUCGAGUACGUCCUCGUGAAGCAGUUGAAGCUAUAAGCAGCGAUGAUGAUGAUGAUCAAAUUGUGAACCGUAGGCGAUCCUCUAACGGGGAACGCAGCAGAAAAAGACGGGUUGUGCUUGAUUACUCUGAUGAAGAGGAUUGUGAAGGUGCUGUCAAUCUAGCUUCUCCGGAUCCGCCGAGAAAGCAGUUGGAUUCGAAUUUCAAAAAAACUGCAAACUUGGCUCUCGAGAAAAACCAUUUGGAUUUUGACGAGCAGAAAGAAGACCUUAAUGAGAUUAAGCAAGAGAAAGCAGCUGAAAGAGAUUCUCGCGUGCCUCCAAAGCAUGAUUCUAAUAUAACCAAGAGCAGUUCAACUGGGAUUUCAUUUCCAAACAAGACUGAAAGUUGUUUUGAUUUGGAUGGUGUAAAUAAAAAGAAUGCAGCAAUGAAAGCUACUCCAAAUUCACCCAAAAGGAAAAAGGUGCUUAAGACAAGGAUCGAUGAGCGUGGAAGAGAAGUGUCCGAGGUGGUUUGGGAGGGGGAGGACAAGAAUACCAAGAGCAAUGACAAGAGCACAACCACUGUUAGCCCCGAAAACAGGCCUCUAGCUGCGAAGAAGUCCCCUGCACUGGGAAGUAUUGCUCAAUCUAAUCCAGUGAGCAAAGCUGGAGCCAAGAAAACUGGAAAGGGUGCUGUGAAGGAUGCUAAACAGGGCAACAUUCUCUCUUUUUUCAAAAAGGCUUGACAAGUUGGUCUAGUUUAGUGUAUCAGAAUCUUACUGGUGUAAAAUUGAAUUUCGGCAAUGUGAUUUUAAUGACUAGAUUAAACCUUUUAGUGUCGUGAAAGUUAAACGCUUUGCGGAAAUGCGAAAUUAUCAAGAAAACUGGAAAGGGUGCUGUGAAGGAUGCUAAACAGGGCAACAUUCUCUCUUUUUUCAAAAAGGCUUGACAAGUUGGUCUAGUUUAGUGUAUCAGAAUCUUACUGGUGUAAAAUUGAAUUUCGGCAAUGUGAUUUUAAUGACUAGAUUAAACCUUUUAGUGUCGUGAAAGUUAAACGCUUUGCGGAAAUGCGAAAUUAUCAAUUUGAGAAACUAAAUAGUAUAGAAGUUGCAUGAAUCUA